AUGGCGGCAGCAAUUUCCACCGUCGCGGAGAGCAAGGAGCUCCGGGGGCUGAACCUCAUUGCCGCCCAUUCGCAUAUUAGAGGUUUGGGGGUAGAUGUCGAUUCUCUGCAACCGCGAGGCUCUUCUCAGGGACUGGUUGGUCAGGAGAAGGCUCGCAAGGCAGCCGCGGUUAUUCUACAAAUGGUGAGAGAGGGUAAGAUCGCAGGUCGUGCUGUCCUGAUUGCUGGACCUCCCAGCACAGGAAAGACCGCGAUCGCGAUGGGCAUGGCACAGUCGCUAGGACCCGAUGUACCUUUCACAAUGCUGGCUUCCUCAGAGAUCUUCUCGAUGGAGAUGUCAAAGACCGAAGCUCUCACUCAGGCUUUCCGCAGAUCUAUUGGAGUGCGCAUCAAGGAAGAGAGUGAGAUCAUCGAAGGUGAAGUUGUCGAAAUCCAGAUUGACCGCAGUGUCACCGGGGGUAACAAACAAGGAAAGCUCACGAUUAAGACGACCGACAUGGAGACAAUCUAUGAUAUGGGCACAAAAAUGAUCGACUCUAUGACCAAGGAGCGAGUAAUGGCCGGAGACGUUAUUUCGAUCGAUAAAUCUUCUGGUAAAAUCACCAAGCUUGGUCGGUCGUAUGCUCGUUCACGAGACUAUGACGCUAUGGGCGCCGACACGAAGUUUGUUCAGUGCCCAGAGGGCGAGCUUCAGGUUCGCAAAGAAAUUGUCCACACCGUCAGCCUUCACGAGAUUGAUGUAAUCAACUCGCGAUCACAAGGGUUCCUGGCAUUGUUUUCAGGUGACACUGGCGAGAUCCGUAGCGAGGUUCGAGAUCAAAUCAACACCAAAGUGGCCGAGUGGAAGGAAGAGGGCAAGGCGGAAAUUAUCCCAGGUGUCCUGUUCAUCGAUGAAGUUCACAUGCUUGAUAUUGAAUGUUUCUCCUACAUUAAUCGCGCUUUGGAGGCCGAGUUAGCACCCAUUGUCAUCAUGGCCAGCAACCGUGGCCAAGCUCGCAUUCGGGGAACCACCUACACCUCCCCUCACGGUCUCCCUCUUGAUUUCCUCGACCGCCUUGUCAUUGUCAGCACUCAUCCCUACUCGGGUGAUGAAAUUCGACAGAUUCUGGCCAUUCGCGCGCAGGAAGAGGAAAUUGACGUCUCUCCAGAUGCCCUAGCUCUUCUAACCAAGAUCGGGCAAGAGUCAAAUCUCCGCUAUGCUAGCAAUAUCAUCACCACAUCCCAUCUCUUGAGUCAAAAGCGCAAAGCCAAGGAAGUCAGCAUUGAUGACGUCCAGCGAAGCUUCCGCUUGUUCUAUGACCCAGGUCGCAGUGUCAAAUUCGUCAACCAGUACGAGGAUCGUUUUAUUGGGGACCAGGGCACAGUUUCUUUCUCUGCGGCUACUAAUGGCGACGCCAUGGAGAUCUCAUAA